AACACCCUUUUGUCUGCCAGCUCACCUCUUCAAACGUUGCAUGCACUUGGUGUACACAACCUCCUGGGCUAUACGGACAGCUUAAAAGAGACCUGGAAGGUUAUAAUCUAGCUCUAUUUGUGACCAUUGGAUCACUUCACAGAUGAACGGCUGAUGCAUUCCCUCUUCUCCUAUAUAAAGAGAGGACUCAGGUCUCCAUCACACUAUUCUAUCCCCUUAUUGACUUUCUCUCAAUCGACCUCAUUCUGUCUUUCCUAGAAAAUCCUCCACCCACAAUCAAAAAUCUAUGCUUCCAACCUCAAAGAACAAGUUGAUGGCGGCUGCAGGUAACUCCUUCCUCAACCAAGAUCCGACGAUGAUGGGAUCUGGGAUGCCGCAUAUGUACUUUGCAAGCUCUAGCCAUGGCACCGGUGCCCACUACCAAAGUCCUGGUGGUGCUCCCAUCACCAUGGCAGUCCCGGACAUGGGGUUUCUUGUUGCAGGGAUAGGCAUAGCUCCAUCUAGCUUUGUGAUGCCAGAGGGGGCCCUAGCAGCUAGCUAUAGCGCCAUGGCUACCGUUCCAGUAGGGGUUGUUGUUCCUCAACAGCAGUCGUCACGAUUUGGGGGCAACAAUGGUAACCCUGGGUCGUUCAAAGGAGCAUGGACAAGGCAAGAAGAUGAAGUUCUCAAACAAAUGGUGAUACUCCAUGGAGAUCGUAAGUGGGCAACGAUUGCAAAGAGCCUCCCAGGUCGGAUCGGGAAGCAGUGUCGCGAAAGAUGGACCAAUCAUUUGCGCCCAGACAUCAAGAAGGACGUCUGGACUGAGGAGGACGACAGGAUGCUGAUCGAAGCACACAAGACUUAUGGGAACCGUUGGUCAGUAAUCGCAAGAUGCCUCCCUGGCCGGUCGGAGAAUGCUGUCAAGAACCAUUGGAACGCGACUAAGCGGAGCCUGAAGUCGAAGCGUCGGAUGAAGAAGAAGAGCGUGCAAGUGGUGAAUUCACCGCCGGGGCAGCUCUCCCCCCUUGAAGAGUACAUCCGCAGCCAGUACCCGUCGGCCGUUGAGACCACACCGCCGCCACCGGCCGUGCCUGCACCGCCUUCCGACGUCAUUGUGCACGGUGCCGGAUCGGUCAGCGCAGGUCCAACCGUUGCCACACAGGAGCCCACCGGCACCAACCCAUCGGAAAUGGGGAUCUACCUUGGCCUGGGUAACCCGGCUGGACCGACCACCCAGCAGCUAGCGGCGAUGAACCUGAACAUGUCACUGGCGCCGGACCUCAACGCCUACAACGAUCAGCGAGAGGGGUACUACCUCCCGUUCGUCCCGCAGGGCAACCUGCACUAUGGGAUGCAUGUGCCGGCACCGCCGGUGCAGCAGCAGCAGCAGCAAGGGAUUAGCGUUGAUCAGGGCCUGCAUUCUUCUUGCCUGAGCCUGUACCACCCGUUCCCGGGAACCCACCCGGUUAGCCUGGAUUUCGGUUGCCAAUCCAGCAACCAUGCCAACGCAGGUGGCUACUACAGUGAAGCUGGCCCAAGCAGCGGCAGUGGCAGCGGCGACCCUGACGACGUCGACGUCAUCCAGAUGGCCUCCAGGCAGUUCCUGAUGCCGUCCGAGGCUGAGGUCACUCUCGACCUGACCAGGUUCAAGUGAGGUUCGCAGUGCCAGUGCCAAUGCCAUAUCACCGCUCGGUUAAUAAAUUUAUCUUUUGUUUUAGCAGCUCCUGUUACCUUUCUCCAAGUACAAUGCAUACCUGACUGUAUGACUGCAGUGCGCGUUUAAGCUUUUCUUGUAUUUCUGUUUGGUACAUUCGGUGAUCAUUCGAGCUUUGCAUUGUCCAUGUGGUGUACUGGUGUGGGAACUUUAACUUGUUGUACUAGUACCUUUUAUGCAUGGAUCAAUGUGUGGAUUUCAUAGUUUUCCCCCUAAAA